UAUAAAAAUGUAUGCCAAUUACUUUGUGAUUUACAAUGAUGGCUGUUUUUUCAAAAAUGUUUUUAUUCAGUUAAGUCAUUGAACACAUUGGAUUCACUAUAUCAGCACGGUCUUAUCUUUUAAAACAUCCAAGCUUCAUAUGGAAUAACAGCUCUGAAUAGUCUGAGUGACUCUCCUUCCUUAUAGUUAUAUCCAUCCAAAUGGACAUCAGCCUCUGAAACUGCCUUCGGUAUCAGAAACACACAGUUGUCUGAUACUAAAUGCCUUGCAUGCUGCUGUAGUUUUUAUCCUGAUUAGUUAGUCAUUAGUAGCUAGGCACAAGCUGCAAUCUACCUAUCUCCAUGUCUAAUGUUGCCUUGUCCUUUCUCCUUCCUCUUCCUCCAAGUGAGCAAUGCUGUGGUGCCUCUAUGGUCUCCUACUGGUUCUCUGUGUGUCUCCACUGGCCUGCCUUGUGACAUCCCCCUGUCCAGAAGGCUGCUGCUGUCCUCACCCUGGGCUGCUGGUCCUCUGUGAAUCCCUGGGCCUGAGGUCCUUUCCAGUCUCCGUCCCUCUCAACACAUCUGUCCUCUCUGUGGCCCGGAACCAGCUCUGUAAUGUGGACCACCUACUUCGGCCCUUCUCUAGCUUGCAAGAGCUCAGCCUCAGCCACAACCAACUGGCUCACUUCCCCCGGGGCCUGCCCCCCAGCCUGGAGACCCUGCAGCUGCAGAAGAACUGCAUCACCUACAUCACCACUGGGGCCCUGCGCCAGUUGGGCAACCUCACCCGCUUAGACCUGGAGGACAACCGCAUCCGUGCCAUCCAGCCAGGGGCUCUGCUGGGCCUGGGGAGGCUGCAGGUUCUGACACUGAAAGGGAACCGACUAACCAGCCUGCCUCUGAACCUGCCAGCCUCCCUCACCCACUUAGACCUAUCAGCUAACUGCAUCUCUGCCCUGGACCUCCCCUCGCUGAAUGCACUGGUCAACUUGCAGGUCCUGAAGAUCAACAGCAACUGCCUGCGCUCAGUGCCAGAGAGCGCCUUUGACGGGCUGCCAAGUCUCCAUUCUGUGGAGCUGGCCAACAACCUGUGGGUGUGUGAGUGUGACAUCCUGUACCUGUACCGGUGGCUACUGAAUGGAAGGCUGAAGAUGGCCACUGACCUGGUGUGUGCCGAACCAACACACCUUGCACAUCACAUGCUCCUAACCCUAUCUGUCAUGGCUAUCUGUCCACGGGUUCUAAAGCCUAAUGAGAAAGUCUCCCACCUUAGUUUCACCACCAAGCCAGAGAGACAGCUGGGUACCUCCACAGUGAAAACCCUUGUGCCUGGUUUUCUAUACUCACCCAUCAAAACCAGGGAUUUUGGAAGUAUCUCUGGUUCAUCAAAGCAAGAAUUGAAGGGAACAUUUCACAAUGCAGAGAGCCCCACUCAAGCACCUUAUCAAGACCAAGAUACUGCUCUGUUUCAGCUUCUUUCUGACCACUACACUUUACAGGAUCUAAGCUAUGAGGACUGCUUGUCUCUGAAUUCAACACCAUCUGUAGCCCCACCCAAGGAGCCUUCCACCACUUCUUUACCAAUUGAGGAGCCCAGGUGUUUAGACAAUUCUACAGGCCGAUACCCUCCUGGUAAUUCAAUUGCUGUAGAGGCAACAAGUUCCACAAACAAGGCUAGCUCCUUACCUGUGCCCACUCCCAGAACCCUCACUCAACAGGGCUCAUCAGCAGUUAUAAGCCUGUUGGCUGUGUUGUGUGUGCUGGUGGGUCUUCUCAUUGUAGCAGUGCUGCUGAUCCUGAAACGGAUCCUUGCGCAUAACCAGAGGGUGGCCCCAUUUCAGCAAUCAUGAGAGUAAAACGUAUUUAAAAAUAAUCGUAUCAAAAUCUUAACUGCAACACACAGAUGGAUGAAUCACACUUGCUGUGAUUUGAGAUCAACAGUAGGGAUAAUGUGUCCCCCAGAGUGAAAAAGAUCAGUAUUUAUAUUUUUGUGCAAUGGCACUAUCAGUUCAAUUACUGAAAUGUAACUACCUCAAUUGUCUAGUUGUAACUUGCCACCAGAAACAUGAUGCUGUCUUUAGAGCCAACUAAACAAAACUUGAUGAGAUUUUUGGUAAUGUACAUCAAAAAUGUAGUCCUUUAAUUAAGUUUAAAAUGCCUUUCUUGGGAGUUGUAAAUACAAAAUAGUUUUAUUCCAUUUCAACAUUUAGGAUUAUCAUUUCAGAAUUGUCAUACAUAACAGCAAACAAACCAUUCUUAAACAUCUGCCAUAACUUAACAGCAAACACUCUCAAGCAGUUCUGAUACGGUUUAAACCAGGGGUGUCAAACUCAUUUCGCAUCGUGGGCCACAUACGGCCUAGGGAGAUGUCAAGUGGGCCGGACCAUUAAAAUUAUACCAUACUCUGCUAUAAAUAACCAAAAUAUCAUGUCUUUCCUUUGUUUUGGUGUAAAGAAGCACAAGAACAUUAGGAAAAUAUUGAAAUUUAAUGAACUAUCCUUUUACAAAACAUUUCAUGAAACACCUCAUAUUUCCUUAGACAAAUGUGCAAUUUACUUUUAUCAUUCACAAAUAUGCAUUGCAACUGAUCCCACUGAUUGUACAAAGGCACAAAACUUUAAUUGGUACUGAAAAAUAUAGUAAUGCACUUUAAGAUUAAAUGAGACUUUUAAAGAAAGGAAUUUUUAAACCACUUACACAUACGCAUAUAAAAUCUAAAUGUAAUCCCUGCGUACACCUUACAAACUAAGGAGAGUGAUUUUAAAUGUGUAAUGAAGAAAGUGUUCGCCUGUCCUGUAAAUCUGUAAACUUCAUACAUGAAACAUACAUACACAUACAAUACAUACUGAAAAUGUAUGGAGUUGUAUGAACAGUAGAAUUCCAUCACACAACUUUUGUUUUGAAGCUGCUGACUAACAUUAAAGUGCACAUUUUUUAAAUCACCACAGUAAGGAUUCAUCUUCACAGAGCUGUAUUCUUUCAAUGCAAACAGUAUCUAAGGCAGCAUUUUAAAGGUGUUAGUCUAGUCUGGACUUGUAUUUGUACCUGAAACUUGGCAUCUUUUGGCCUGUACAAGUGCAUCAACACCAGGUGUCAUGUCCUGACUAGCUGUCACUUUCAGAAUGUCAUUUAAGUGCUUGUUUGUGAGCCUUGAACG